CAGCAAACAAGCUGUGGCUGGUUUAAGAUGUUUUUCAGCAGGGCUAACAAGUCCAAAAUAAUCACCUAGAAUUAUGACAAAAUUGUGCAAUGUGGAUAUCAUGCUUGUUAAUUGUUAUGAGUUGUCGUUAUAAAACGCUUUGCCCCGCCUUCGGAAAUAAAGGCACACACAUCAGCUAUAGGCUAUAUCACAGUCAUGUAACCAGGAACAUCACAACCGACAUGCAUUACAUGUCCUUUAUUGAUUAUUUUCCUUUUUCUUUACGUGUGUCUUUUUCUUUAAUUACAAGAACAAGUUAAAAGCAACUAGGCUACUUUCUAAUCGUUGAAAAGAACAAUUAGAAAGCAGGCUAGUAAAAUCGUCUUAAUUCAAUUUAUUUGGUUGACUUGAAGAAGAAAACAAUGGAAGUCUUUAUUUUGCUCACUCUGUUUGUUUUUGUCGCUGAAGUUGUGGUUGGAUCGAAUUUGGUGUCAGUGAUGGAGGGAAAUUCUGUCAUUCUAAAAAGUGAUGUUACCAAACAAGGACGUGACAAGAUGCUGUGGUAUUUUAACGACACCCUCAUUGCCCUGAUUAAUGGAGAUCCCACUAAGAGUUGUCUGUAUGAUGGCGAAGGUGAGAUAUUCAAAGGGAGAUUGGAGGUGGACUUUGAGACUGGAUCCCUGACCAUCACAAACAUCAGACCUGAACACACUGGACGCUAUGAAGCAAAUUUCAUCAAAAGCAAGAGCUCAGGAACCAGCCAAAGCUUGAACCGAAACGGCAAGUGUGACAGCAGAAAAAUCACCAAAAAAAUGAUGAACAUCGGCGACACCGUAAAGACAUUCAGUGUGUCCAUCAGUGCCAAUGAAGAAUCGUACAAUGUGGAGAAGAAACAAGAGUCUGAACGGGAUUCAGUUCUGUCUUCAGGUCUUAUAGCAGGAAUAUGUGCUGGUGUUGGUGUUCUUCUGCUGCUGGCUGCAGCUGUUCUUGGUGUGGUUUACUAUCGUAACAGGAGCUCUAAAAUGGAAGACAUGGAGAAAAACUCUGAGCAGCUGUUGAAUGUCCCAAUAUGAGAAGGACAAAGGCCACGUAACCUGAGAGGAUAUCAACAGGACUGGUGAAAAGAAAUCUGGAUAAUGGAUCUCCUCAGUUUUUUUUAAAUAGGGGUGCACAAAUACCAUUUUUAUUCCAGAAUUGAUCAGAAUCCAGUAGCAACAUUUUGAGUUUUAAUAUGAUCUGACACCAGUGCUGUUCUUUUCCUCGAUCACUGAUGUGAAAAAAAAAAAAAAUCUUAAUUUGUCCACACAUAUAUUACAAAUCUUAUUUUACAACACUAAAAAAAAAGCAUUAUAGAGGGGUUUUGGGUCUCUCUUUCAGUCAGUAAGAGGCAGUGAUUUAUUUGGAAGUCAGUUGCUGCUUUUGACACUUGUGUGGUGCUGUAACCUGUUUCAUCAAACCCUGUCAGUGAAGAUUCAUGAUGGAUAAUCAUCCACAUGGGCCUUUGGUGGUUGCUUGCAACAAAUCAUUCUUCACUUUUUAUUAGCACUUUAUAUAUUCCAGGAGCAGAAGCAUAGUGUUUGUGGAGCAGGUUUGUCUGCUGUUGUCUCUUGACGAUUGAGAUGGUCUCAGCAGAUCAGAUGGACGUUGAAUGUUUAUGGAGUGAAGCUUCUGAAAGAAACUCAUUGUGAUGGAACCACUAGGUGGCGGUAUUCACUGUAGUGACUAUGGCAUAGAAAGGUUUUUUUUUUUUCUACUUGUAUUUACAAAGAUCUGCUUGUAGCAUUCUUGUUAAAAUUAUAUGGUGAAUGCUUUGUGAUUAUUAGUAUAAUGAAAAAAAAAUAUAUUGAACUGCAAAAAUACAGGGACUGUCAACAUGAUAAAAACAAUCCCAAUGUUGCAAAAAUGAAAACUGUUUGUGUUUGGGUAUGUGUGUGUGUGUGUGUGUGUGUGUGUGUGUCCAGAUGUGAGUCCGAUGAGCAAAGAAAAUUCCACAAUAUGUCAUCGUCUUCAUAUAUUUUAGUAAUAAAAGUGUCAGAACCUUCGUCCAUCACUGAUUGUAAACCAGCAUCAAACACACCUGGAUAAUAUACAGGAACAAAUUGAGGCUCUUGCUUGUUUACAAAAUCAGUUGAAAUUUGCAACAUGUAAAUGUGAACUGAAGAAUGUCCAGAAAACAGAUAACUUUCCAGGCAGUGAGAUGGCACAAACAGAACAAAAUACACAUGUGAAUAAUUUUCUUAAAUAGUUCAGUGAAAAGUCUGACCUAUACCAGAAAAGCUCAAACUGAUUUACCCACAAUGUGGUUUGAAUCCUCCUCCAACAACAGUUUGAACAGGACUCAUAAAGUGCAGCUUUACAAAAUUAUAAUUUUCUUGCAUAAAAAAAAGAGUGUUAUAUUAAGCUGCUUUGUUUCCAACGUGCACUUAUUUAAGUCUGUUUUAUUGAACUCAUGUAAAAGUUACGGCUUUGGGGCAUGACUUUAUGGAUGACUCAAGUUCGUCUCUAUUUCUCAACGACAAGCUUAACUGUCACCGUCCCAUAUACGGGACGCCAAAGUUUACUUCGCUAUAUUACAAUUAAAUCCUAAUGUAAUCAUGACAAACUAUAUAUCAUUGGAAAGGCCUAAGUCUCCUAAAUAGAUAUUUUACCAUUUUUUGUUGUUAUAAAUUAUAUAGCAACAGUAAUAGAUUAAUUUAUGACAAUAGUGCACCAAGAGUCUAUGACAAAUCUACAUCAUAACAAGAGUUGUGACCUUUGUCACAAAAAGUCUUUAUUUCCUUGCCUUUUUCCCUAUCACAUGUCUUAAUCUCAAAAUUCAUCCUGUGAAAGUUUAUCCUGUCCAUUUUGAAAUCAGACAUUGCGUUACCAUAGAAAUGGUACUUUAAAAUGUUUUAGCGGUCUCCUCCCCCUUAGCGGGGGUGUCAUAUUACAAAAUGUAUUACGGUCUUUUAGAAUCAAAACUUUUUUAUAAUCUUGACAAAAUACAUAUUGUUGGAAAGUCUCAAGAUUCCAUAUUUGGUGGUUAUUUUGUUAUAGAUGUAAUAUUGAGAGAGAAAUUGAUAGAUUUGUGACAGAAAUGCAUAAAAAAAAUAAAAUUCAAUGUAGUUUGGAUGGCACCCGUUGGCUGUUUUUGGUAUAAAGCCUAAUCAAAAUUGCAUAUAAACCUCAAUUUUUGUUUUUUUUUAUAUCAACUUCAAAUUUGGAACACAACUUAUGUAGACAUAUGGAGUUUGAUUUAAUUUAAUUUAAUUUAAUUCAUUAAUUUUAUAGCAAUUUUGGAUUUAUAACUAUUUUUCAAAAAAUAUUUAUUUUAUAUAAAAUAAAAGGAAAAUAGUAUAAUACAUUUUCUUAACAGUAAAUGUAAACUUCUAUAACUUUUUAAUACUUUAAUUUUAUUAAAUGAUUUCAUUCACUUCUGUAAUAAUCUGCUAAAUGUCUUCUCUAAAAAGAGACCAACCUUAGGUCUGUAUUCAAAAGCGUUCAUGAAUUAUAAUAAUUUAAGUUUGGAUAGUGCACUUUCUCGUGAAUUUUCAAAAAUGGGGAUGACAGUUAAGGGGUUAAACUACAUAUCAUUCAUUUAAUGUAUCUAAUUUGUGCAUUAUUGGCUGACAUUUUAAAUAAAGCAUUUCAAUUAAAGCAAAUCAAGUUACUCUACCUAUAAACACCAUUAUUGACUUGUCUCUCUUCAAGAUGCACUGCAGUAAUGGAGGUCUCGCAUGCAAUUCUUAAAGCACCCACAAGAAGGCGUCAUAUAUCGGUGAAUAUUAUAUUACAAAACCGAUAUCCGAUAAUGGAAAAAUGUGUAAAUAUCAGGAAAAAUAUUGGAAAAACUGAUUAUCGAUUCAUCUCUAGUUACAAAGUAUUUUACAAUGGCAUCGAACACAGCCAAUUAUAAUCAAAAACUGUCCGUUUUUAUGACAUGUGUUUUGUUACUUUUGCCUGGCUAUAGCAUGAGAAAAAAUAUAGCAUAAUGCUGCCAUCAAGACAACGUCUUUCUCAGAGUGGUCCCUGCUUAUUUCAGCAAGACAAUGCCAAGAUUCAUUCUGCAUGUGUUACAACAAAACCAUCGAUCAAGUGAUUUUCGUCCAUACGAAAAUUAAAUUGUGUUUCAUACUCAAUAUAUGCACUUUAGCUUUUGUUUUAUACGUAAUCACCAGUAAAUGGUCUUAACAUGCUUAGUCUGGUGUAUGGUCUCCCUGACUAACCAGCUAAUAAGUGCUCAAACUCCUUUAAAAGCAUAAACAGACCAGCAAACAAGCUUAUGUGGUUUAAGAUAUUUUUAAUCAGAGCUAACAAGUCCAACAUAUUCAACUAUAAUCAUCUCUGAUCAUAACUCCAUUGUCAAUAUCUUACCUAUCCCACCUUUGGAAUUUAAAGCACACAUCAUGCUGGGUUACUAGCACUAUCAUGUAACCAGGAACAAUGUAACCAUUAUGUAAUACGUGCCCUUUAUUCUUUAUUUUCAUUUAUGUGUCUCUGUUUCUUAAUUUUUGUUGCAUUUAUUUAUCAGGUGAACACCAUUUAAAAUAAUGGGAAUCUAUUUUGUCCUCACUCUGUUUGUGUUUCUCGUUGAUGGUAAGUUGCUUGACUUUGUAUUUACAACCCUUUCUCUUUUGAGUGAACAGUUUAAUUUCACAUCAAAGCUGUCUUUCCUUGUCUUGCUUUACUCAUAAUUCCCUGUAAUUUAGUACAAUUCAGGAAUUUGAAGGUCCAUAAUGUUAGUCUUAAAGAAAACUUGAAAAACUAGUUGUAGUUUUAUUUAUUUAUUUAUUUUUUAAAGUGACACAGACACAAGUUGGUUCCUUAACACAGCGUUUAUUACUUUGGCACGUCUGGUUCACACCGUGAGAACUCAUUGGCCACUUGUCUUGAAAAGAGGUCCUUGAAUCUGUGAAAGUCUCAUAAAAGUCCACUUUAAAAAGUCUUUUGGCUUUAAACCUGAAUAAUGACCACUUUUAAUGCAGCACAGCAGUGCAUCGUGAAGCAUCUGGGUUUGUGUUUGGGCGUCGGGCAACUAUGAUGCGUUCUUGUGCCUAAUAAUUUAACUUAAUUAUAUAUUUGCUGCACAUUACAUUACACAACAUUUUAAUUUUAAACUUAAAUCAAACAGACUUAUUGUUGCAAAUUAUGAGUUAUGAGGAAAUUUGUUAUAAAUGUAUUUAUGCCACAGCAUUUACACUAAUAAUAAUUAAAUAAUCAAAGGAUUGAAUGGGAAUAAAGACAAUAUAGUUUUUUUCUGUACAUUUGAAGUAUUUUCCAGAAUGUUGCAAUAUUUUUAUUUUAUAAAUAUGUACACAUUCACUUGUAUUCGUAAUGUAAUUAGGGGCCAAGCAUCAAAGGUACUAUGACACCUAUUUUAUUUGCUACUUUUCUUCCUUUUCUUCUUUUUUAUCUUCUUCCGUUUUGGGAGUCUAUGGCAGCUUAUAAAACCGCUUGUAGGAAAGUUAUGAAAUUGGGCACACUGAUAGGGUACAUUAACCGACAUUAACCACAGCAAAUUUGGCGUCUCUAACUCAAACUCUGUAGCGCCACCAUGUGUCCAAAAUUUCACUCAUGUUUAUGCUAAUAAAUUGAGCCGUACGGGCUAGAAUUUUUUCCCUCUUAUUCCUGCUCAUGCCGAUUUGAUUUUACCUUAUGAUAUAAUUUUCCAUCAUAAGAAUUUAUCCACCAUUUAGAUUUGUUUUUUUUUUGUUUUUUUUUACUUUUUCGAAAUUGUUCGAGACGGUUUGUUCAAUUUUCACCAAAAUUUACACAGAUCAUCAACGAAUUUGACGAAAAGCUUGCCAAAUCGAUGUGAGGCUGUAUGUCUCCAAUGCUUUGACUUACUCAGACCAAACUUGGUGUGUGUUAUAACAACCAUGACCUGAGGCUACCUGCACAGUUUAGACACAGCGCCACCUAGUGGUCAGGAGAUAUGAAAAAUAAUAUUUUUGUUUAUAACUUCUGAAUGGUUUGCCCAAAAAUCAUAAAAUCUGUCUCAUUAGAUUCAGUACUGCAAGCCGAGUCCAGUUUUCCCAUGUUGGCCAUUUUGGGUGUCAGCCAUUUAGAAUGUUGUACUAAAAUCCUGUAUUUCAUGAAUGCAUUAGCAUAAUGUUAUGAAACUCAGCAUGGGUCAUCGGCACAAUGCCCUGAAGGAACCUGAAAAAUUUCAAGCCAGCGCCACAUAGUGGUGAAAUAAAAUAUUCACAUGCUUUUUAUUUUGGAUGUGGUUGACUUAUUUUCAAUGGAGUCUCCUUAGAUUCCUGAAUCCCUGCCAAAUCAAAUGAUACCAUCAAACAAUAAUAUCUUCAAAAUCAUUAGUCUGACUGAGACAAAACCACUGUAGGACAUUUAAAAAAACAU